CCUGAAGAUUAUGAUUGCCCGCUCUUCACCAAAUACUAACCACUCUCAACCACGGGAAGUCAUUCUCUCACCUUGCUCAACGGCAGAUUCACUCCUUUCCACCUGCCGUUCUUAACACCUCGCCCGUCACCAAAAGCCCUGUGGCCCAGGACAUGUAACCCACUGUUCUUGAUAUCUGCCCUCGACUUCCACUGGCAGAAUUCCCGGCAGUCUCUUUCGCCCUUGCGAAAUCCUGAGAUCGACAUGCAAGUUUCAUCAUCUUUCUUACAACAUCGCGGCCCCAAAUGGACCGCAAGCGCAAGAGAGAGUUGCGUGAUUCCAAUUUGAGUGUCUGGGCAGGCGCACAAGAUGUCUAUCAAGUCGCCGCCUCUCUCGACUCCUCCCUAAAGAAAAACACUGCCUUCAUCAAACGACUCCGUACUGGUAUAUCUUCUGCCGCUCAGGAUACCUUCCUCACCGAGACACGGACCCUUUCACUACAGAAGUACCUCUCUGAGAUCAUAUCAGCCACCUACGAGGGUCUGACCAGACUGAAAACUGCAAGUGAGGUAUCAACUGGUGUGGAAGUUGUCAGUGCUCUCCAUCAGCGCUUUGGUCCUACCGAGUUCACGAAGAAAUUAGCCUGGCUUCUGGGUAAAGGACUGACACCGCCUGACAAAGCUCAAGUGAAACAAUGGACCGCCGAAGUGCGAGAGCGUGAGGAGAAGGAUCGUCUGGUCCGACAACGGGUUCUCUUACGUGUCGUGACCGAAUUCUGGCUCUGUGGUAUUCUCAGAAAUCUCGAUGAUGUUGAUCGCCCUGAUGAUGCUGCGACGCGCACCAAAGAGUCAUCAACUCAAGCCGAGCCAAGGACACGGGCAGCCCCCAACGGUCUGAAGGGUGAUUCCACCGAUCAUGAUCCCUUUCCUUUGGAGGUCCUUAAAGAACUGCUGGCGCACGACCCCGAACACGUCAAUCUCAGCCUUGCAGUCCUCUUCGUCAAGAACUUUUCCUGGGAUAUCCUUGGUUUCAAGUCCCCAUCCGACGAAAGUCGCAAGAUUCCCGAUAGUGAAGGUGUUGCCUCUGAGACAUCCAGAAGGACUGCAGAGAUUGAAGGUCUUUCGGAAGAUGAUGAGCCAAUCAUUGACACCGCACUUCGACAAAGAUUCAUCAAUAUUUUCGAACGUUAUCUCACGAGCGUCAAGAGUCACAUUGUCCGCGAUCAAAAAUCUCUGAGUAGCCAGAGCCGCCGCAAUGCUGAAGCCUACGUCAAAAGCGGUGAAGUCUUUGAAGAUCGACAAGCCAACUUUGAGAGACAGACCAAGGCCCAGGAGAAGCUGAUUUCUAACGCUCAAGUCCUCUGUGAUGUUCUUGGACAGGACAUGCCAGAACUUGAUGACAAGGAUGGCGCAGACUCGAUCGCAGCGGGGACUGUUGGCAUGAUCAAAACUGGAGAUUUCCUCAAGGGCCAGGGCGAUGCGUCUGGUAUCUGGGAGGACGAGGAAGAACGACGAUUCUACGAGAACUUAGUGGACCUGAAAGGCAGAGUUCCAGGUAUUCUGUUGGAAGAGGUCAAGAAAACGAAGACAGAGUCGGAUGAUCGUAGCGACUCCAAUACUCCUUCAGAAGCCCCUAAAUCGACGGCAGAGGCCGAUGAUCAAUCCACUGCUAUUGCCAACAAGACGGUCGGUGCUCAAGUCGACGCCAUCCUCAUCCGCCUACCUGAUGUGCAAACGAAAGACACGGUUGACCAGAUCGCGUUGGACUUUUGCUUUGUCAAUUCCAAGGCGUCUCGAAACCGUCUUGUCAAGGCCAUCCAGGAAGUUCCCAAAGGUCGAACAGACUUGCUUCCCUUAUAUGCACGACUUGCCGCGACCCUUGGUCAGUACAUGCCUGACGUGGUUCAGGGAUUGAUCGCCCAUCUGGACGAAGAAUUUCGAAGCUUGCAACGACGGAAGACCAAGGACUUCCUGGGCCAGAUUCGAAUGACAAAUAUCCGCUACCUGGCCGAACUGACCAAGUUCGGCGUGGUCCCUGAACAUGUCAUAUUUCACUGUUUCAAAGUCAGUCUCGAUGACUUUUCCAGAAUGAACAUUGAGAUCAUUGCCCAUCUUCUGGAAAAUUGUGGUCGAUACCUUUUGCGAAAUCCCGACACUGCCCCGCGAAUGGCCUCUUUCCUCGAGACGUUGAAUCGUAAAAAGUCGGCCCAGCACCUAGGAUCCCAGGAACGAAUGCUAGUCGAGAACGCCAUGUACUAUGUCGACCCGCCAAGCCGAGCAGCCAUUCAACAGAAAGACCGCACACCAACAGACCUCUUCAUCCGGCAGCUCGUCUACAUGGACAUGACGAAGCGGAACUACAUGAAAAUCCUCAAGACCCUUCGCAAAUUGCAUUGGGAAGAGAAAGAAGUGGUCCGCAUCCUAGAGAAGAUCUUCAGCAAGCCAGGCAAAGUCAAGUUCAGCAACAUCCACCUCCUUGCAGUGCUCCUUCAGGCGCUGUCUCGUUAUCACCAGGAAUUUGCCAUUGGCGCCAUCGACAACGUUCUAGAGUGCAUUACCCUUGGUAUCGAACAAAAUGAUUUCAAAUUCAAUCAACGGCGACUGGCUGAAGUCAAGUACCUUGGGGAGCUCUAUAAUUAUAAGAUGGUCGACUCGACAGUCAUCUUCGACACCCUCUAUCGCAUUGUGACAUUCGGGCAUGAAGGAGGAACACCACAACCGGACUCGUACAAUCCGCUUGAUCUCUCUGAUGACUUCUUCCGCAUCCGCCUGAUCUGUACAAUCCUCGAUACUUGCGGAAUCUGUUUCGAUCGGGGUAGCUCAAAGAAGAAGCUUGAUUUUUUCUUGACUUUCUUUCAGUAUUACAUGCUGACCAAGGAUCCUUUACCGAUGGAGAUCGACUUCCUCGUGCAAGAUACCUAUUCUUUGGUACGACCCAACUGGAAACUAGUCACAGAUCUUGCAGAAGCGUCAAGGUUGUUCGCUGAAGCUGUAGGCGCCAACUACAAAAUGCAGGCUGGGGAGAAAGCCACAGAUCAGACCGAGGAAGCGGAAGAGUCUGGCUCCGAAGACGGUCUUGGAGACGGAGAAGGCGAUGUCGACCCUGUGGUCGCACAUUCCUCGGACGAUGAAGGAGAGGGCGGAGCUGACGAAGACACCGUUGAAGAAAGAGACAAUGUCGACUCGGACGAAGAGGAACAGAUUGUCGUCAUGCGACCAGAAGAGCAGUUUGAUCCUGAGGCUGAGGCUGACUUCGAUCGUGCUUUUGAGAAAAUGAUGGCCGAGAGCUUGGAUUCGCGCAAGUUUGAACGAAAAACACAGUUUGAUGUUCCGCUGCCGAUCCGCAAGGUGCAAAGAAUCCAGGCUGAACCGAACGAGGAUGAGGUCGGCGCACCAAUGGAAAGUGUAUCAACCACGAUGGCAUUUUCUCUGAUGACCAAGAAAGGCAAUCGUCAACAGACGAGAACGAUCGACCUGCCAUCGGACUCGAGCUUUGCAGUGUCGAUGAAAUCACAACAAGCGGCAGAACGGGAGGAGCAGCAACGAAUCAAGAAUCUUGUCUUGAAUUAUGAUCUUCGCGAGGACGAUCAAACUGACGGGAACGAUCAUUUUGGCCACUCGUUAAACCGAGCCGAGCGAAAUUCGCGCAAUCAACCUCGAGCCAGAAGACUGAAUCUUAGCGAUGUCGAUUGGUAUGGCAAAACCCACAAAUCGUCCAAGGCAGUGGUCGUGCAAGACCAGCAAAAUGACAGCCGUCUUGGGGCCUUUUCCAAACUCAUGAAGAAGCCAGGCUGAUUGGCCAACUUGGGCCCAUUUAGGACAUGAAACCCUCGAGAGUCUGGCAAGUCUUGCCAGAACCAUCACGACUUCAGAUCUGGAUCUGAGUAAAUACCAAGCGGUGCACAGGAGCAGUUCUUGAAAGAUCCUUGAUACCGAUUGAUCAUAGUCGAAGCAUCCGCUACCUUCUCCCCAACAUUGUGGCGGAAAGUUGGAGACGAUGCAAGCCACACCAGCCGCCACAUAUGAGAUCUCGACCCAUGGGAGAGAGCGUUGAGCUGAGGGACUAUUGAAGACUCUCGUCUGCCGUAGUGUCGGCUCUCGCACGCUUAAUCAUCGUCGACAAAGUGGACCACCGCCCAAAGGUGAAAAAGUCAAGCGCCGGAAGCUGAAAGGCUGGUGUCGAGCUCCAUGGUGAACAAAGGUUUGGGCCCUUGAAAAGAGACCUGUAUUACAUUUGAGCGUAUGUGGUUACUGGUGCUGACCUGGCCACCAAAUUGUGUGGGCCAGUCCUCGACAUCCCACUCGAGACCCUUUGUGUUGAUGAAGGACUUUCCCAGGAUAGGGAUGAUGCCAACAUUUUCGGCAAAGGAGCCUGGUUCUAUGUGUAUCAAGUUCAGACCGUCAGCUAGGACGAAUGACAGGCUCUGUUCAGACAAUAGAUAGAUCCUGCCUUGAAGAAGGUCGGCAAUAUUCUCUGCCAUAUACAAAUGAUGAAUCUGGGAAAAGCCCUGAUCAACUCGACCACCGAGACCACCUAAAACAAGCACAUCCAUGACAUUAUGAUGGUCAUGAUCUU